AUGCUCGCCUCAUUCUCAUUUGCUGCUAUUGUCCUCGCCGCCGUCGCGUCCGUUGACGCCGCCGUCAUUCCUAGAACAAAGGCGCCAGCCCAUUACCUAGAAGGUUAUCUCGAGCCGUAUGAGACCUACCAUACCCGCUACUUGGCCAUCGGCUGCCACAACAACCAUGGGAAGCAGUUCUUCGAUGACUGCUGCCAUCCCAUGUUGGCUACCGAGUCCCUCGAGAAGAACCGCAAAGCCUACUGCGUUCCUUCUCCAGAGGCUUCCUCCUCUGCUCACGCGGCUGAGCCCACUUCUACGGUAACUACGCCUGUCGACCCGAUUGAUGAUUGCGACGACGAUGAGGAAGAAGGCAGUCAUGCUGAUGAAGAAGAUUGUGAUGACGAGGGUAGCCAAGACACACCUGCGCCUCUACCUACACCUGCGCCUGCUCCUUCCUCUGCGCCCGCUCCUGCACCGGCCUCUCAAAAGCCCGCUAGCACUCCCGAGUCCAAGCCUGCUGCCACUCCUGAGUCUAAGCCUUCCCCUACCCCUACCCCUAUCCCAACGCCUGAAGCGUCGCCAGAACCCAAGCCUGAGACUACCGCGAAACCAACAGUCAUUGUUUCGUCGUCUAAGGCCCCUGAGCCUACCAAGUCGAUCGUCGAUGCAGCCGUCGAUACCGUUAAGGAUAUUGUUAAGGGUGGCUUUGCAACUUUCUAUUAUCAGCAUGGCGUCGCCGGUGCUUGCGGAGAUGUUAACCCUGACAGCGCCUUGAUUGCCGCACUGGACUACAGGACUUACGGUGAUACCAGCAAGAAGUCUAGCCACUGUGGUUCCAAAGUCAAUAUCAAGAACACGAAGAACGGCAAAUCCGUCAUAGUCACUGUUGCCGAUGCUUGCCCAACCUGUAAAAACGAAGGCUCCAUCGACUUGUCAACGGCCGCUUUCAACGAAAUCGCAUCGGAAGAUGAGGGCAUCGUCCCCAUCGAAUGGUCUUUCAUUCGAAGCCAUUAA